GGCCUCUUCAAUUUUUUUAGAUCUUGAUCACGUGAUCUGAUCUGUCGUGGUCAUGGAUGUAUGCAUCCUGAAGUUCGUGAUUUGCUUUUGAGUUCCCAUUUCGGUUGAAUUUUUUUCCUGUUGCUUACAUUACCUUACAAACUAUUUGAGUUCCCAUUUCUUAUUUAUUUGGCCUGUUAAAUACACACAAGUUGAGUGCUAUGAGAGGUUGGAGGCUCACUAGUCAGGGCUGAAUUUUUUUCCUGUUGCUUACAUUACCUUACAAACUAAAAUUGUUCUUAUUCAGCCAUCGUGUUCUUUUUUUCUCCCUUUUGCUUUUGGGGACAAAAGAGCAGCAUCUAGACCAGUACCACUGGAUCCUAAAAAUGGCUAAUCUUCUACAUACAUUUUUUUAGGGAAAUGAUGUUCUACAUGUGAACUCGUCAUGCCAUUUUGCAACAUAUUUGCCUAUCUACCAUUAUAAUUUGGGAAAAUAGCUGAAUUCUUAGGGUUAUUUCCCUCAUACAGUCACACUUGCCUAGUCAGGGUGUUUAAGAGCGUUUGCAUGGAUUAGAUACCUCUAACAGCUUCGUCUCAAUUAAAAUGGUAGGAAAGGUCACAGGAUGGACAAAUCUCAUGCAGUAUGCCAGCAGUGCGCUGCACAACAUUAUUGGCACCACAUGGAUGAUCAGAAGCGUUUUUUCAAGAUUAUGAUUGGUGAUUUCAAAAAUGGAGUGGCCAUACCAAAAAAGUUUGUGACCAAUGUCAGAAGGUGGAUCUCUGAAGAAGUCAUACUAGAAGUGCCGAAUGGUAAAACAUGGUGUGAAGGUUACCAAGGAACAGAAUGAUCUAGUCAUUGGAUAUGGAUGGGCAACUUUUGCCAGUGCUUAUGAUCUUAAACUGGGAGAGACGUCUUGGUGUUUGCUUAUAGUGGGCACUCCCAGUUCAAAGUUCGAAUCUUUGGUCCAAGUGGUUGUGAGAAAGAGGUGUCCUGUGUUCUGAUGGAUGGCACUCUGUGUGUGCAAGAAAGGAGUGUUUCUCAGGGUAAUCAUAUGCAGUCACCAACGAGGGAAAGGUUGGCAAAGCAUUGCAUUACUAGCUCUAGCCAGAGCAGGAAGCCUUCAAAGACAAGUCUAACAGACUCCUUCACAGAAAACAACUGAAAGUGUCUCAUCUUCUGAAGGCAUUCAGGAACCCAUGAAUUCAGGUGGCUUCCAGAAGUCAAUCAAGUCGUGCAUUGUCUUACCAACAGGGUGCAAUAUGACGAGCGAGCAGAAAGCUAAAGUUAUUUCCCUUCAGCAGAAAAUUCAACCUAAAAACCCAUUUUACAUCACAGCCAUGGAUAAGACAAGUGUGGCUGGUGGAUUUCUGGAAGGUGAUAUCUGCAUAUUUCAACCAUCGAGGAGCAGGAAUGGAGUGGUAUUGAUAUUUCAUCCUCUUGAAGAAAGCCGCUGCCCACAGCCACCAGGAUAUGUCCCUUACGCCAGGAGCCCUAGGCAUGGAGUUCCUAUGCCUCCAUACAUGUUACCGCGAUUCACCUCUCUAAAUGAUCAGCAGAAGAGUAAAGUAGACCAGGAAGUUCGAGCUAUUCAGUCUGAGAUCCCCAUUUGUGUCAUCGUCAUGCAGAAUAGCAACAUUACCUGCAGGUCGUGCAUUCUGCAAUUCGGUUCGGAGUAUGCAAGAUGUAACCAGGCUAUGAGGCUUCGGCUUCCCAACAAGGACCAUACAUGGGAAGCUGCACUCAAGGGUAGAAGACAUGCCCUUGGUCGAGGCUGGAGGCAAUUUGUGGAAGACAACAGACUGAAACUAGGCGACAUCUGCCACUUUCGGCUGAUUAAAGACAAGAAGCAGAUUACGAUGAUCGUCCACAUCAUUCGGAAAACAGCAGUGUAGUUGAUCGGCAGCAAACCUAGCUGUUCAUGCUGAUGCUUUUUGUGAAAAAAAUGGCAGUGCUUAGAAAUGCCCAUUCACUGUGGCUAAGCUUAUCCUAGUUUCCAUGCUGACUCAUAAGUUACUGGUGUUUCAGUCUCCUGCAUGAAACUCUGAAUCUGAUGAACUUUCGAGGACCCAUUUUAUCCCAAUAUGUUGCUUAUUUAUGGCAUAUUAAGAUGAGAUAUUAUUUUUAAACAGUACAGUCAGUAGUACUAGCAUAGAACAAGCUGUAUAUGCAUUUGUAAACAAAAAGAAUACUAUCAACGUUUG